AUGUACCAGUUAUCAGUUAUUGCUAUUUUGGAACCUUUCUCAGAUAGUGUUAAUAUUCAUAACUUCAAGAUGCAAUUGAGCAUGGAUAAUGCUACUAGUAAUUGUAAUGAUAAGAUUUGGGUUUUUUGGAACAGUGAUAUUGACUGUAAUAUUCUUGAUGAAGAUGAACAGCAAAUCACUUGUGACAUGAAACACAAUGAAUUACAAUACCAAUUUACUAGUACCUUUAUCUAUGCAAAGUGCAAAGAUUAUCUGAGGAGACCUCUAUGGGAUAAAAUGCGUCAUCAUGCCUCAAUAAUUACCAAUCCCUGGUGUGCUGUGGGGGACUACAAUGUUAUAUCUGAUGUUGAUGAAAAACUGGGGGGUCUACCUUACAAUAUGAGGAAAAGUAUGGACUUCAUUGCGGUCAUUGAAGCUUGUGGUCUUGUAGACAUUGGUUUCAGUGGUCACAAAUUCACAUGGUCUAACAAGAGGGGCAUUAACCACAGAAUCAGGAAGAGACUUGACAGGGCCUUAGUUAAUGACUUAUGGCUAGAAAAGAUGCCACAAACUACCAUAACUCAUUUAUCUACUACGGGGUCAGAUCAUUGUCCUUUACUCUUGGAAAUGGUUUCCGCUGAAGCCAACCACAUUAACUACUUCAAAUUCCUUAACUGUUGGGUUGAUAAUCCGAACUUCAUGGUUACGGUUAAAAAUUGCUGGGAUAGACCUGUGGAGGGCAAUGCUAUGUGGAAGUUUCAUCAGAAGAUGAAAAGAUUAUCAAAAACUCUUAGUGUUUGGUCUAGAAAUGAAUAUGGAGAUAUUUUUCAACAAGUUCGGAUGUAUGAGGAACAAGUGCAUGAAGCAGAAGAAAAAUACACCUUGGACCAAACGGAUUCAAAUAGGAGUGCCCUCCAUGAACUCAAUGCUCAAUAUAUCAGAUUCCUCAAGCUUGAGGAUAAUAUCUUGAAACAGAAAACUCAACUCCAUUGGUUUAAGGAUGGUGACACCAACUCCAAAUAUUUUCACUCCAUUAUAAGGGGACGAAGGAGAAAAUUAUUUAUUCACAAGAUUGUCAAUAAAAAUGGAGAUUUGAUACAAGGAGAGAACAAUAUUGCCCAGGCGGCUUGUGAGCACUUCAAUAGCAUCUUCAAAGGUGAAGAUAAGUACAUCAAUGAACAUACUCUGGAAUGCUUACCAAGACUGGUUAAUCAGGACCAUAAUACUAGUCUUACCAAGUUGCCUAGUAUGGAUGAGCUUAAAGAGGUAGUUUUUUCCAUGAACCCCAACUCGGCAGCUGGGCCUGAUGGUAUGAACGGUGGUCAAAUGAUUCCUAAGUACUUCUCGCACUCUUCCGUUGUGCUGCUCCCUAAAGUGAAUAAUCCAAACAAACUCACAGAAUUUAGGCCUAUAAGUCUAAGUAACUUCACUAGUAAGAUCAUAUCUAAACUAGUAAGUAACAGACUUAGUCCUAUCCUUCCGUCUUUAAUUUCUGCUAAUCAGUCUGGCUUCGUGAAGGGGAGAAGUAUUUCGGAGAACAUUAUGCUUGCCCAGGAAAUUAUUCACCAAAUCAAGAAACCCAACAUUGGAAGUAAUGUCAUUAUUAAAUUAGACAUGGCAAAAGCGUAUGACAGAGUUUCUUGGUCAUAUAUUUGCCUAGUUCUAAGGAAAAUGGGGUUCAAUGAGGUGUUUAUUGAUAUGAUUUGGAGAAUUAUGGCCAACAAUUGGUACUCUAUUAUUGUCAAUGGCAAAAGGUAUGGUUUCUUCCACUCUACUAGAGGACUCAAACAAGGUGAUCCUCUUUCCCCGACCCUAUUUAUUUUAAGUGCGGAGGUACUUUCAAGAUCACUCAACAGGCUUCAUAAUCACCCUGACUACCAUGGUUUCAUCAUGGAAAAAAGGGGGCCACAAGUGAAUCAUCUAAGUUUUGUGGAUGACAUUAUACUUUUCACUUCCGGAAGAUGUAAAACCUUGAGACUCCUCAUGAAUACUCUUAAGGAGUAUGAAAUGAUCUCAGGGCAACUCAUCAAUGGAGAUAAAAGCCAUUUUAUGCUUCAUUCUAAUGCGUUCAAUAGCACUAGGGAUAGAAUUAAAAGGCUGACCAGCUUCAAGCAGAAACAGGGCCUUAUCAAUUACCUAGGAUGCCCUUUAUUUGUUGGCAGACCUAGGAAUGUUUACUUCUCUGAUCUUAUUAACAAAGUUGUUUCUAGAAUUACAGUUGCUGAAUUUUGGGAAAAUGGAGAAUGGAAUGGGAGCAAAUUGCUGCAACAUGCACCAGCCAGCCAGAUUUGCAGCAUCCUGGAGACAGAAAUACAGCAGCAACAACACAAGCCUGACCAGGCUGUUUGGAAACUCACCAGCCAUGGCAGAUUCACAUGCUCUUCUGCCUGGGAGGAAAUCAGGGACAAAAAGGCUAAGAACAUCUUCAAUUCUUUUUUAUGGCAUAAAUGUAUUCCUUUUAAAUCUUCCUUUCUUUUAUGGAGAACUUUAAGAGGUAAAAUCCCAACAAAUGAAAGGCUGGCUAACUUUGGCAUUGAGCCAUCUUCUUGUUUUUGUUGUUUUGAUAGAACAGGCAUGGACACCAUUGAACAUACCUUCAAUACAGGACAAUUUGCAGCUAGAGUAUGGGAUUAUUUUGCAGCAACUGCAGGGCUGCAAGCUGAUCACUCCACGCUGCUGUCAUUGAUCAAACAGUGGUGGACAGCCAAGCCAAAGAAUGCAGGCCACCAGCUGUUGAUGCAAGCCACACCAAUCUUCAUCUGUUGGAACCUAUGGAAGAACAGGUGCGCAUGCAAAUAUGGAGGCAAAGCAACUAAUAUCAGUCGAGUCAAGUAUGCAGUCUACAAGGACACUUUCAAGAUGCUGAAAAACACCUUCCCACACAUCAAUUGGCCACCUAGCUGGACAGCUCUAAUACAAAAAAGUGAGAAGUGUAUCCAUGACAUUAAAGUCAGCAUGGUAAAAUGGAUUAAACCUCCGGAUCAAUGGAUCAAGAUAAAUACGGAUGGAAGCGCUCUCACUAAUCCGGGAAAGAUUGGGGCUGGAGGUAUCCUCAGAGACAAAGAAGGCAAACUGGUGAUGGCAUUUUCAACACCUCUUGGAGAAGGCUCGAACAACAUAGCUGAAAUUAAGGCGGUCUUUAUUGGACUGACCUGGGCACUUGAACUAGGAUUCAGGAACAUUAUGCUCGAGAUAGACUCUCAAUUGGUCGUGGACUGGAUUUCAAAUAAAGCAGCCCCACAUUGGAGUACUACCAGUCAACUUGAAAAAAUCCAGCACAUCAUCAUGCAAACUCAUAACUUUAAAUGUUCACACAUUUUCAGAGAAGUAAACUGGGUAGCAGAUGCGCUUUCAAAGCACAGCCACAACACAACAGCCCCUCAAGUCUACUUCAACAGCAAUCAACUUCCUAAAGAAGCUAAAGCCUACUAUCAAAUGGACCUUAUGAACAUGCCAAGCUUCAGAAGAAAGAAGACUAAGAAGAUCUUUGAUCCCCCUUGA